CUACGGGCGUCAAGGCUCAGACCGCAGCAAUUGCAGAUUUUACAUGUCAGAUAGAAGUGUGAAAGGGCAUGAGACGGGAAGCCGACGAACAGGGGCCCAGGAGGUAACGAAACCGAAGAAUGGGGUAUUCAAAUCGGGGAUAAAGAGAAGUCUGCAUUUAUUUCAUUCCGGCUAAGCUUUGCAAGCAGUGACUGCAAUCUGGUUCAUCAUUUUCCUUCUGAUAAAUCCAUUUAUUACAGGGAUUCCUUCAAGGAGACAGCGCGGAGCCGGGCUAGAGGGGAGCACAAUGACAACCUGGUGAAUGUAUACAAUUGGAUUAAAUAAAGCAGUGCGAAAACGCAGUAUGCGCAUCACCAACCCGAAGUGAUGAAUAGCAAAACAGGGAAACAAGACUGUAUUUGUGGUGUAGCCUGUCCAGAGUAUUUUGCUGUGCUGAUGAUCGAUCUAUUUCUCCAUCAUCCUCCCCUUGCCGGUGUUGGAAUAUAAUGGAGAGCUCCAAUGGCUCUGGCAGCGAAACCAAACCGCAAAACCACCAGUUGGAAAAGAAACGGUUGAACAGAGCACCUUCCCCGGCAAGACCUUUUCUGAAGGAUGUCCACUCCCGGUCGCCUAAACCACCUGCAAUUGUACCAAAAUCCCCCAAAUUGAAUAAGCAGCAAUCAUCCACAGUGCCCUUAACCAAUCGCAGCUCCAGACGCACCAUAACUGGAGCGAAAGACAAACCAGCAACGGUAAAAAGUAACAUCAAGUCCUCUGUCACAAAAAAGAUAAUAAAGGUCACCCAACAUGCAGCACUUGAGCCUAAAAUCGCCAGCAAGGGGGACAGCAGCAGUCCUAUCCUCGUCAAAGGCAAGAAGGGAAAAUUAGCCUCACUGUCUCAUAGUCCGUUUAGCCAUGACUCUCCAAUACGUGUUCCAACUGGUGCUACCCUCGGCAGGGUUAGUCAAACUGACAGCAGCUCAGAUUUAUCAGAUUGUCCUUCGGAACCGCUGUCCGACGAGCAGAAGCUCGUUCCGGUUGCUAGUAGCGAUGCAGAGUCGGGCACCGGCUCUGGCAGUGACCGGGAUCAGGUGGGAGCGGAUAAUCCGCUGCAGGCAGCAUCAUCCUCAGAAGCUACCGGAGGGGCUGUUGCUCCAUUGCGCGUAGUGGAGGCUGGCGCGGCGGCGGCUUCUCAGGCGAAGGGAAGCAUGUCUCAUGCUCAGCACAGCACAGGUGCACACGGAGAGAAAUGUAAACAGGAGAAUCCAUCAACAAGCGCACAAUUUAAACUGGAAGGAAGCAAGUAUUUAAUUGAGGAGGAUUUGCUAAGGGAGAUUGAAGAUCUUCGUUCAGAAAACGACUACCUCAAGGAUGAAGUGGACGAGCUGCGGGCCGAGAUGGAGGAGGUGCGGGACAGCUACCUGGAGGAGGAGGUGUACCAGCUGCAGGAGCUGCGCCGCGAGCUGGACCGCUCCAACAAGAACUGCCGCAUCCUGCAGUACCGCCUGCGCAAGGCUGAGCAGCGCAGCCUGCGGGUGGCCCAGACCGGCCACGUGGACGGGGAGCUGCUCCGCAACCUGGAGCAGGACCUGAAGGUGGCGAAAGACGUGUCAGUGCGUCUACACAACGAGCUGGAGAGCGUGGAGGACAAGCGUACCAGAGCGGAGGACGAGAACGAGAUCCUCAGGCAGAAGAUCAUCGAGGUGGAGAUCUCCAAACAGGCACUGCACAACGAGCUGGAGAGGGCCAAAGAGACUGCGUUAAGGAGGAGAGGGAGCAGAGAAGCAUUCAAGGACAAGAAAUCCAUUACCCAGGAGGACAGUGCAGACCUCCGAUGUCAGCUCCAGUUCUCCAAAGAGGAGUCCACCUUGAUGAGGAAGAAGAUGGCCAAGCUGGGCCGGGAGAAGGACGAGCUGGAGCAGGAGCUGCAGAAGUACAAGUCUGUGUACGGGGACGUGGACAGCCCCCUGCCCCUGGCCGACUGCCCCGGCGGGGGCCCCCACAGCACCCGGGAGGCCGAGCUCCGCCUGAGGCUGAAGCUGGUGGAGGAGGAGGCCAACAUCCUGGGCAGGAAGAUCGUGGAGCUGGAGGUGGAAAACCGGAGCCUGCGCUCGGAGAACGACGACAUCCGCUGCCAGUACGAGAGGGACUGCUUCGGCCGCGAGCCCUUCUCCAGCGUGCCCUCCUCGCCGUACGGCGGCGACGCACUCGACUCAGCCAGCGAGCUGCGGCGCCACCUGCAGUUCGUGGAGGAGGAGGCGGAGCUGCUGCGCCGCUCCAUCUCCGAGAUCGAGGACCACAACAAGCAGCUGACCUCGGAGCUCAACCGCUUCAAGUUCGGCCCCGGGGUGGGCUCCGCCGGGGGCGAGGAGGCGGCGGGCGGAGAGGCGGGGCUCUACAAGCCCGGCAACGGCAACGCCGGGAGCGUGGUGUUGAUGGAGGAGCUGAAGGCUGCCCGGAUGCAGAUCAACGAGCUGAGCGGCAAGGUGAUGAAGCUGCAGUACGAGAACCGCGUCCUGAUGUCCAACGUGCAGCGCUGCGACCUCGCCGCUCACCUGGGCCUGCGGACGGGCAGCCCUCGCGACGGCGACGCCGAGAGCGACGGCGGGCCCCGGGAGGCCGCCGAGGACGAGGAGGCGGGCCGGAUGAUCCUCCUGCACCCCAAGCGGGAGGGGCCGGUGGGAGGCGAGAGCGACUCGGAGGACCUGUUUGAGAAGACGGCCACGACCUCGGGGUUCGCCAGCGUCAAGCCCUCCGACGGCAGCGAGCUCAGCGCCGCCGAGCUGGCCAAUCGCAGGAGAGAGGACCGCGAGACGUUCAUCAACGUGAGGCGGGAGGCGGAGCGUCUCGGGAAGACGGUGGACCGGCUAAUCACAGACACCGACAGUCUGAUCUAUGACGGCAGGCUGAUUGUGACUGGCGCAGAGAGCCUGGAGGGCGUGGCCUUCAGGGGCGGGGAUCACUCUGCAGGGGGCGGGGCCAAACCCGACUCCCAAGUCCUGGACACCAUCAACUCUCGUAUGAAGUCCUUCCGCACGGAGCUGCACAUGUUCCUGGAGAAGGUGGACCACCUGGGGGAGGGCAUGAGGGACAGGGUGGAGGACCUCUCGCCCAUGCCCAACCUGACAGAGUCCAGCAGCUUCCUGUCUGGGGUCACCUCCAUGUCCCGGGACUCUCCCAUCGGAACCCUGGGAAGGGACCUCGUCACGGACUUCCAGCUCCGCGACACGGCUGGCGCUGAGGCCCAGUUCCGUCUGGAUCAUGAACGCAGGCUGAGAGCUGGGCCGGACGACCGAGAGGUCAUCUUUGGUCCUAUGACACAGGAGGAGGAGCGGAGGCGUCUGGAGGUGCGUCGGGGGGGUCUGGAGCUGCAGGGGCUGCAGCAGCCCCGUGAGGCUCCCUGGCUCCAGGAGAGAGCCCUGCUGCAGCACGAGGUGGGCCUGUUUCGCCACAACACCAUCCUCUUCUACAUGAAGCUGCGCUGGAUCCUCACGCACUGGAGGCUGGGCCGCCGGGCCGACCCCGGGGACGAGGCCGCGCACUCUGAGUAUGAGAAGUUGGAGAACAUUCCAGAGCUGGCAAUGAUCAUGGAGCAAGGGGAGGGGGAGAUGGAGAGAGAGGAGAGGUCCUGCAUCCCUCAGACCCCAGGGGACACCCCAGACCAGGGACCUAUGGUUGUGCUCCAUUCCCCUGAACAUCUGCAGCACCAGAGACAGGUGGGGGAGAACCGGCGGGUGCUGCAUGCCCUGCGGAUGUUGCUGGAGGAGUUCCGGACUGAGCUGAGGGAGGAGGAGACCAGACGGUGCCAGCUGCAGCAGACCUACGCCAACGAGAAGGCCUCCUGGGAGGUGAAGUGGGCAGAGAUGCAGUGCCACGUUGCACAGCUGGAGGAGGCACGGGGGGAGGUGAGAGGGGAGGCCCAGGGCGGAGCUGGAGCUCGGGGCGGGGACGGAGGAGGAGGAGGAGGAGAGCCUGACUGGGCCUUCCAGCAGGAGAGGGAGGAGCACCGUCGCCUCCUGGCCGACAGCCACAGCACCUCCCUGGACCUGCGCUGGAAGCUGCAGCACAGCGAGAAGAGGUGGGGCCGGGAGAGGGCCGAGCUCCUGGAGCGCUUCGACCGCGAGAGGCAGGAGUGGGAUGGCAGCAUGAGGGACAUGCAUCGCAAGAUGGACAGGUUACAGAGAGAGGUGAAUGUCCGCCGCACCGAGGGCUCACCCGCCGAUGUCAAAGAUGGGGUGGGCCACAGGGGCCUGUUCUCCCCCCAGGACAGCCCCUGUAAGCCCCCCCGGUCACCCCACUCCCCUCGCUCCCCCUGUCUGGCCACCGGCCCUGCCCCUGUCCUCCCCACGCGAUCCCACUCGGACUCGGAGGCCGUGCUGGGGGAGCAGGGGGCUGUGGUGAGGCUGAAAGGGCCGACGGAGAACCUCUUCCUGGAUGCUCUGUCGCUGGACCUCCUGAGUGGGGACCUGGAGGUCCCCCUACCCUCCAGACUGGAGAGUGAGAAGAGGUUCCCCUGCGUGAAAGAGGCCCUUAAUGAGAUAUCAGACAUGGAGGCUCAGUCUGCCUUUGAGGAGGAAGAUAUAGGCUCUGGAAGCCUCCUCAGGGCCAAGUCUGUCUGCUCCAUGAGUGAUUUCCAGCGCCUGAUGGACAGUUCUCCCUUCCUCCCUGAUAAGAGUCGCCACGGUGACAGAGGCCAGGACGACGUCACCCCUCCUUUGUCCCCUGACGACCUCAAGUACAUUGAAGAGUUUAACAGCAAGGGCUGGGACUUCCCCUCUGCUCCCUCCUCCUCUGCCCUGGAGGCCUGGGGAGAGAGGCCCGGGGAGGGCCGGAUGGGAGAGCCUCCUUUGGAUCCAUUCCAGCCAGCCUCCUGGUUCCUCACCACCAGCGCCACCCUGACCACCAACACCCUGAGCAGCCCCGAGCACUGCCAGAGGUCCCCCAUCCGUGGUAAUGGAGCGGGGGCUGCGGGGGGCGACCACCACGGCGUCCACGUCCUCCACAGCCCCACCAGACCAGGCACCGCCCACCGUCCUGCGACCCCCGAGUCGGACUUCCUCUACGCUAAAGGCACGAAAGGCAGAGGCGCGAGCGAGCCUGGGGCAGGGGGGCCCGAUGAGGUGUUUGGCAGUGGGAGGUGGCCCUGUGAGCUCCCCCGGCAUCACAAAGAGCUCCUGGAGGCCGGGGGUCUGCGGCCCCCUGCAGACCGCCCCCCGCUGUGCCCCACAGUGAGCUACGCCUCCUCCCUGGAGCUGCAGCUAUCUCGAAACCUGAGCGACGACAUGAAGGAGGUGGCGUACUCCGUGCGGAACGCCAUCCGCUCCAGCCCGGGCCCCGAGCGGCCGGAGACGCGGCAGGUGCGCGACACGGCGUGCCAGACCAACGGCUUCACCACGCGGGGCACCCAGACCACCCAGACCAUCAGCGUGGGCCUGCAGACGGACGUGCUGAGGAACCUGACCAGCAGCCCCCACCGCUGCCUGACGCCCAAGGGAGGCGGCUCCACGCCCAUCUCCUCGCCCUCCCGCAGCCUGAGGAAGAUCCAGUACUCCCCCGUGGUCCAGAACAAGUUUGAGAGGCCCUGCUGUUCCCCCAAGUGGGGCUCCCCCAAGCUCCAGCGCAAGCUCUCCACCUCCAGCAAGGCAGACCUGCCCACGGCCGCACGCUCGCCCACCCCCACCACCCCCCAGAAGGGCAACAGCGAGUCCGCCUGGGCACGCUCCACCACCACCAGAGACAGCCCCGUCCACACCAGCAUCAACGACGGCCUCUCCAGUCUCUUCAACAUCAUCGACCACACGCCGGUGGCCUACGACCCACCGCCAAAGUUCAGCAAGUCCCCUAGCCGUUCCAGGCCAGCUGAACCCGGCCCUCCUGGUGGUCCCGGGGGCCCCGCAGAGGCCAGGUCCCUGGGGGCAGUGCAGGAGUUCCUGAGGACAGUGAGGGGCCGCUCCCCCAGCCCCGUGCAGCUGGUUGUGGAGGCGCAGGGGGAGAGGACCCCCGAGGUGGUGAGCGUGCGCCAGGACCUGUCGGCCCCGCCGGGCUACACGCUGGCAGAGAACACGGCGCGCAUCCUCAACAAAAAGCUGCUGGAGCAGAGCUUCAAGGAGGACAAGAAGCUCCAGGGCGGCAGCCUCAGCAGAGAUGCCAAGCAGGGAGAGCCAGACAGGGGACAAGCUGGAUGUAUAGAGGACCUCCCACGCUCUCCUGUGGCCCCGCCCCUGGAGUCCUGCUUCCUGAGACCUGCUCGACCUGCCAACCGCCGCCCUCCCUCCCGCUGGGCGGCCCACUCCCCCUCCUCCUCCCCCCGGUGGUCUGAGGGCGUAGAGCGGAGGUUCACCUUCCCCCUAACAGGGACCAGUAAGACAAUACUGGAGCUAGAGGAGCCAGGAGUGGACAACCCUCCAGCAUGACCGCCAGGUCCUCCUCUGACGUGUCUCCUCCUCUACCUGCUCUCCUGUCGGAGCCUAAACAGACCCCUUACCUCAGAUCCCACUUGGGAAGACUCAGGAGGGACAGGGAGGGGUUGAGACUCAGUAGCACCAGCUGACCAAUGAGGACAAAGAACCCAGAACUUUAUUUGUGAAGAACCUGGAAUGUACUGUAACAACAAUGACAACAACAACAACAAAUCCAUAAGAGGUGCCUGUACACACAGUUAUUCAUAGGCCCGUAUGUGUGUAUAUAUGUAUGCAAUACAUGUAUGGAGGAAGUGUAUUUCAAUUACUGUACAACUAUUUUUCAGGAUACUCUAAAGGAAAACUAUAGAUCUGAUCCUGUACUUGUCCAAACAUAAAGGUUUACACAGUUUUUGUCUGUUUACACGUUAUCUUUCUUUUUGUUUAUUUGGACAUUUAGUACAAUGCACUAGUUUAUUCUGCCAACAAUCCAUAUUUAUGCUAUUUUCGUAUGUUGAACAUGUUACCUUAAUUGCUUUUCCCAGCCUUUGAAGCUUGAAUGAAGAGUAUUCAGUUGUAUCUUGAGGAGACAAGACUCUUUCUACGGAAGCAGAGACACAUGAUGUCAAUUAAGAUGUUGAUGUGUUUAUUUAUUUCUAUGUUCAAAUGAAUGUUAAACUGUACAAACACUUAGAUAAGGGACAACUACAACUGAAUAACCGUAUGCAUAUUUGGAAGGCAGUUGUACAAAUAUCUGUCACAUAUUUGCAUGCCUUUUGAACUAGCACUUUAGUGCAUGUACAGAAAUGCUGUCGUUACUGAUCAUCACUGAGCUCAAUGUAUGAAGAAAAAAAGAACAUUGUGAAUGUACACUUGAUUUUUCCUUUUGUUGUCCUUUAAUUUGCAUUGACUAAAGUAAAAAACACCACUUUUUAAAUUAUCAAUCUAUUAUGCUGUCUUUGUACAGUUGUCACUAUGGAAUAGGAUCAGUUUUUUCUUUAACAAAGAAAAACGGGAUUGUAAAAAAAUGAAUGUUUUAAACAAGAGUCUAUGUUAAAAGUCUAAGUCAAUAGUCUAAUUGGUAAUAAACACGAAUGUGUAU